AUGCAUGGAUAUGUGUACUCGUGGACGGUGCACGUGCUGAAUGAGAAGAAGAAGAAGAAGAAGAAGAAGAAGAAGAAGAAGAAGAAGAAGAAGAAGAAGAAGAAGAAGAAGAAGAAGAAGAAGAAGAAGAAGAAGAACAAGAAGAAGCAGAAGCAGCAGAAGCAUAGUGACAACGCCAUAGCGAAUUUUACCAGCUUCGCUACCCGUUGCGCCCCUCUUGACAAGGCAUUCCAGAGUAUUGUAGGGCUGGUCGGAGAGGACAGAGACCUCAGGCACAGUCAGCAAGCAGACUUUACUACCGAUCCUACUCGUUAUCCCCUGGAGAAUGUGCGGGCUCUUGUCGACUCUCUCCAUCGCAACAACCAGCACUAUGUGCAGAACAUCGAUCCUGGUAUCAAGAAGAAGGACGGCUACGGCCCCUACACCCAUGGCGCGGAGAUGGGUGCCUUCCUCCGAGCCGCUGACGGCUCGUACUACCGUGGCCUGCAAUGGCCGGGUGAGGUGGUGUGGCCGGACUGGUGCGCCUCUAGUACACAAGACUGGUGGACUUCGGAAAUCUGCUCCUUCUACGACUCAACCACGGCCUCGGCAAACUCUCGGCCAAGAUUCGAGAUUCGGUGGACUUCUAUCUUGUUCGAUAUCGGCGCACAGGCCAAGGAUGUGGAGGAUAAGACGGCAGACUGUGGGCUUGACAUGAACGAAGCUUCCAACAUGUGCGCCGACACGACAUGCCGGAUCUCCACUGCGACUAUCGCCCCCUUGGGCACAACGCCCGGCAAACUUCCCCCAUACCUCAAGGCCCGCCAGUCCCCACCACGCCGUCCCAAGCUCGGCCUCCCAGACCGUGACCUAUGGUGGCAGCCACCCGUACAGCCCCUCAUCUCCCGCACCCCUACCAAACGCCCCUUCGUCCUGACCCGCUCCACCUGGGAGCACUACCGCACCUCGAUCCGGCAUAUGCUCGCCUUCGCGGCCAUUCACGCCAUGGCCAUGGUCGGGUCCGACGUGCGCGGGUUCAACGGGCAGGUCGAGGAGUGCAUGUGCGCGCGGUGGGCAAUGUUGGCAGCCUUCCAGCCGUUUUAUCGGAACCAUGCCGAUGUGUCGGCGCCGGAUCAGGAGUUUUAUCGGUGGGCGUUGGUGGCUGAGAUGGCGAGGAAGGCGAUUGACGUAAGGUACCGGCUAUUGAACUAUUUGUAUACGGUCAUGUGGAGGGCGGAUGAGGAGGGACGGCCGGUGGUGAAUCCGUCGUGGUUAUCGUACCCUGGGGAUGCGGCUACGUAG